UAAUCUUAAACAUUGUAUGCGUACCAUUCCUUCAUCGAAUGAAAUGAAACUUUCAUUGGUUUUCGUUGUCCUGUGUGCUUUGUGCCUACAAGCGGAUGCUUGGUGGGUAAGAAAAUGGUGGGGAAAGAGAGGCAACAAUAGAGGCUGUCCAGCAAGAGGUGGAGCUUCGCCGUACUAUUUCGGUACAACAAAGUUGAGCUGCAUCAAAAAAUUCAAGCGAGGUGCACCUACGAGGGGAAGAUUAUCAUAUACUCACCGUUUCAUCUACUAUAAGGGAAAAUAUUUCGAUUUUCUAGGUAACUCAAAGGUCGCAAUUUCCAAUAGCCGACUUGCAGGUAGCAGAUGCAGUGGCGGAAGGGAGGGCUCUCCAGCAGGAUACAGCACGGUGAGCCUUAGCUGCAUUGAAGGUUGUGCCAGAAACUAUAGGUGUGCCUAUGGAAGGUACAGCUUAUGGAGGAACAACUGCCACGACUUUGCAAACAGAAUUUCUAAAGUUCUUUGCAAAAGAGGGUCUGGUUGUCCAAGCUGGUGCCAGAGAAGCUGCAACUAUGCAUACUAUACUGGAUAGUGAGAAAUAAAUGAGAAAGAAACCA